AUGGAGCAGUAUGGCAACCAGACGACCUUCAACUUAGAAUCCGUGCUGCUGCAAAACAUCAAGCGCUCGCAAUACUGGGAGAAGCGGGCAAAGGACAUAGCUGACUGGUCGGAGCUGGUGGACGAGAUCUUUGAGACCGUGGACAAUGUAGAGCCCUGGAUGAGCGGAAAUGCGCGCGGGCCCUCCACCGCCUUCAACCUGCUCUACCGCCUGUGUCAGCUGAAGCCGGAUGUGCGGCAGGUGCGGCAGAUGCUAGACCAUGUCGACUCGACCUUCAUCCGCGCGAUUGGCCUGCUCUACUUGCGCUACGUGUGCGACCCGCGCCAGCUGUGGGACUGGUUCAGGAAUUACGUGCGCGACGAGGAGAUCUGCAAAGCGGGCCUCCUUUCCUUGCUCUUCACACAGGAGUUUGAGCCAUCGCCUCCGGGGCUGGGCCGCACAGUGACCAUCGGCGCGUUUGCACGCGACAUCCUGCUCGAUCAGUUCUACUUUGAGACCAUCUUUCCGCGUGUGCCCAAGCCUGGUGGUGCCGACCGACGUGGCGUGAAUGACGGCACUGCCCGCCCUGCAUCUGUCAAGGCAUCGCUUUCAGUUGCGUUUGGGCAGCGUGCACCGAAUCGCGCCGGCGCACGGGAGCAGGGCCGAGGCAUGGGAGCCGACCUGCAAGUGGGCAGCGGCGCUCAUCGUUCGCCCUCCCCAUACAAGCGCGAAGAACGACCGGCAUCCCGCAACGAGUGCCAGCGAGACAGAUGGCGGGAUGAGAAGGAGCGCAACGGGAGGAAGGAGGAGCGCCGGGAGCGGGACUACCGGCGGGAGCGCAGCCGGAGUCGGGAUAGAACCUACAGGCAGGAUGGACAGGAGAGGGAGUACCAGCGCCGCAGCAGGAGCCGGGACUAUGAGCGGCGUCGGGACGACAGGAAGUACGAGAAGCGGCGCAGCAGGAGCAGGGACCGCGCCGCGCCGGUGCACACAAACCCCGACAAGAUCAGGGAGGUCUACGGUUGA